AGGUGCCUUCGGAAUCCUGCCUACUCCCCCUAUAUCUUUCUUUUCCGCCAUGAUGCUGUAUGGGUGCAAUUGAUUUAAAAAAUUUGUCUGCAUUUGUGUUCAACAAAUGUAGACACUCAUGGGUUGGUCAUCGUUGAUCAUGGAUGAGGAUGUCCAAUUACCUUUGGCUGAGCGGCUCGAAGGGCCCCAUCACGAUGAUGAGCGACAACCACCACCAUGUUUGAUUAAGCUGCAGUGCGUGGCCAAGCAGGAGAAAGAGCUCGCAGGCGAGCAAAGUUCUCCAUCCUUUGCCCGCUUACCUCGCACAGUUAUUGAACAUAUACUCGUCGUCGCGGAUGCGAACACAUUCGCAUCGCUUUCUUUGCUGAAUCGGAAGUGGAGACGGAUAUCCGACUCGACUCUGCUGUAUUCUCAUCAUUUAGCCCAAUGCCCGUCCUUUGCUCUAACUCAGAAAGCUAUCGCCGAGCCAUCUCAGCCAUGCGAUCUGACCCACCUCAAGAAACUGUUCUGCACCCAAAUCAGACGAAAUGCUUUUGAGACCUUCUUGCGACCUCACAAGACUUUAAUCAAGCUGAUAUCGACCUCGAUGAGUUCAUCGACAGCAUUUCCGCAGGGCGAAGCUUUCCGGUUCUCUUUCUCACCCAGCGGCCAAUUAAUUCUGUGUAUCAGUUCUUCUAGAAUCGUUGUCCUUGAUGUCACCUCAAACCAUGCUUCAGUGAAGCAUGAACUUAAAACCUGGAGACGUCCACUACAUGCCACGAUCAUAGACGAUGGGUCUCUGCUCGCCGUGGUCUCUUCCAGCCAUCGCGUCAAUAUAUACAACCUCUGUAGCGAGGAAGCAAGGUUGGUCCAAGACCUGACAUUGAACGAUGUUCCUCGGACGCUAGCAUUAUCUCCCACGGGAGGCGUGCUUGCUAUCGCGUACGAUGAUCGGAUUGAAGUACACGCAAUCGGAGAAGGGGUAUUAGCCACUGAAAGACGAGCUGUGCGCUGCUCUGGUGUUGACUCUGUCUCUUUCUCUUCAGAUGGGGCCAUGCUUCUCGGCACAUCCGCUGAUCCUCAGAAUAGCGGUUUGGUCACCAUAACAGUACCUUUCUACGCCGAAUCAGAGCCCGAACUCUCUCUCAGAGAUGUUCAGAGACGGAUGUGGACCACCCAAAUCCUCUUCCCAGAUGUUACCUCGGGAUUCAGUCGCGCAUGUAUGCUCCCUCUCCACUCUGAGGGCGAAGGUAGCUGGAUCUUGGGCUUUGACGAACAGAUCAACUCACUCCGAGCGUUUGGGGCCAAUAAUACUGGCUCAGGCACAACCUACUUUGUGACGCCUAUGUCCGAAGAUGGCACCCAAGAGUCCCUUCCCAUCAUGCUACCUACCGUUGACGGUAUGGGAGAACUUGUUGCGGCUGGCUUCGAGGAAUCUGGUCUUUGGGUGUAUGGCAUUCCUGAUCGUCUCGAUAUCGCGCCUGUAGCGACCAGAACACGGCCACCGGCAGGGUCCGAUAUGGAGCUAGACCAAUGGGCACAGGAAGGCGCGUUACCUGGUGAGGACUGCUUAUCUCGACUGCAGCGGGCUAUCACCAAACCGAAAGUUCUUAUCAAGGGUCAUAAAAUCAGUGAUAUGCCGGGAAUGACGGCAGCUCACUGGGUAGAAUUCCCAGAUUUUAUCGCCGAACGCCGCCGAUUAGUGGCCGUCGCGCCGGGUGGCAUCAGUCCUCCCACGAUUGGCGAGGAAGAUGUGCCGGUGGAUGGUGGACGCGUUCUUCUGCUGGACUUCGCGCGAUCAGCAAGCGAUGGGAACUGUACCGAAAUUAGUAUUGAGGUUGGUGAUGCGGAACCGAAGAUGCUUAGCGAGCCAGACUCUAGUCUGGACACCGAGGUGGAACUAGAAAGGAGAAGGACUCGCAUACAUCGUGCAAAUGCCACCUCGCCGCGAGCAAGGGCUUUUGUUAGGGAGUCAUACCCGUCGGCCAACUCUGUGCACCACCCUUCUCGGCCGAACAUCCGCCGUAACAGCUCCUUUUUCUCCAGUUCUUCGAAUGGGGAUGGAUAUCACAUUCCCGAGUCCCCGUACGACAAUACGCAACCGCGGUCGCGCGAUACACUGCGGCGUGCUGCAACCGCCGCAGCUAACACAAGGGAACGUUAUACCCAGUUCCGUGAUGCACAACACCCCCUUCAACAGCCGAGGCCAGCUCCUCAGGGCUUCCAGGUCCCUCAUGAAAGCGAUGCCGACAACUGGGUGCCGCCUCCCCCGCCAUAUUCUCAAGUGCCAGAUGCGCCUCUUCCUGAUUACUUGCGAAGAACUUUGUUACCUUCUAGAUCAGAGCCGAUCACUCGAGAUGGGGAGUCCUUGGCCGAAGCCCAGCGUCUGGAACCCAGUCACCUGCAGAACAUGGUCGAGGAAUCGUCAUCUCGCGUUUCGCUGCAGAGACUGAAUAGCAUCGCUGGCUCCAGGCUUGCCUCUCGCCUAAUGCGAAGCAACACCAGGGAGCCGGUAUCUCCUGAGCGAGUACGAAGACACAGCACAUUCAUGCGCAGGAGAGGAAGUUCCGCCACUGGCGUUCCGCAGAACCUCGAGAGCUUGAACAGGCUAGCACCGCUGGUAACGCCCUCUCAAGAUCUGGCUGAACCACGGAGACAAGCCCAGCUGGAGAGUAUCCCCGACCGCUCCGCGCAACCAGCCCGAUCUGUGCUGCCCCUCAUCACCGAGCCAUCUUUGUUCCCGUCAAACCCCCAAGCCAGCAAUUCCAAUGCCUCGCCCGAACAACCUCUCAUACAUGCCCACGUCGACUUUGUGGAUUCCGUUCCCGCCGAACAGGAACUUGGCAACACCCGCCAGUACUCCAUCUCCUCCCCCAACCUCCAAGUAUCAUCAACCCUUCAGUACGACGCGCCAGAAGCCCUUCAAGAUAGUCAAACUCGUCCCAGCUAUCCCUACCAUAUCGGCGACCGCCGCCCACAAUCCCAGGAGGUUCGACUUCCGCCUGGGGGUAUCCCACCUCUUCAACACCGGGCCUCGACCGACCCCACGCUAUCUGCAAGCUCCCAAGCGGCCGCACAUGACCAGUGGCGGAGGCGCAUAGAGGAGUGGAAUGAACAAACCAUUUACGAGAGGAGUAAACGACGAAGCAAGUGCAUUGUGAUGUAGCAUGGUUACCCUUUCUUCCUCAUUGAAGAUUUUCUUGGUCUUCUUCUUUUGUUGCAUCCUUGGUUUUGAACAUUUGGAGUGUACAUAGACUGAUAGGAACAUAUUCGGGAUUGUAGAGCGAUGGCGUGGUGUCUAUUGUUCUAGAGUUGGG